UAACACCACACUCCGCCAGCCAUACGGUCACGUAGCUUUACUACUAGUCCACUAUUAUAGCUCAACACGAUGACACAUCCCAAACCAGUAAAACUGCAGAAGCUCCACGGCAAGGUGGCUAUCGUCACUGGCGCCGCCAGCGGUAUCGGAGCAGUCACGGCGCGUCACUUUGCAGACCACGGAGCUCUCGCCGUCGUGAUCGCUGACGUUCAAGACGCCAAGGGCCGAGAAGUUGCUGCAUCCAUCGGUUCCCACCGCUGCACCUUCGUCCACUGCGACGUCACCGACGAGGAUCAGGUCAAGUCCCUGGUCGAGUUCACGGUCAACCACUACGGCAGCCUCGACGUCAUGUACAGCAACGCUGGGAUAGCCAGCGCUUCGGCGCAGACGGUGCUGGAGCUCGACCUGUCCGGGUACGACAGGGUGAUGGCGGUGAACUCGCGCGGAAUGGCGGCGUGUGUGAAGCACGCGGCGCGUGUGAUGGUGGAGAAGGGGGUGAAGGGGAGCAUAGUGUGCACGGCGAGCCUUUUGGCUGACUGCGGGUCGGAGAGCUUGACGGACUACACAAUGUCGAAGCAUGCGGUGCUGGGGCUGGUGAGGUCGGCGAGCGUGCAGCUGGCGCCGCUUGGUGUGCGCGUGAACUGCGUGUCGCCUGGUUUUGUGGGGACGCCGAUGGUGGCGGAGGCUUUUAAGAUUGGGGCGGAAGAGCUGAAGGAGAUGAUGGCAGCGGUUUAUAUCGGAAGCGAUGGGCCGCUGAUGGAGAAACAUGUGGCGGAUGCGGUGGUGUUUUUGGCGUCGGAGGACUCGGCGUUUGUCAACGGCCAUAAUUUGGUGGUUGAUGGUGGAGUUGGCCUCAAAUCCUUAUCAUUAUUGAAACCAUGAUCUACUUGAGUUGCAUCUCAGCUCGGUCACUAUUGAGUGCUAGUCGUGUACGUACUUUUCUGGAAAACCUACAUGGAAAGAGUUUUGCCUCUUUGUAAUAGGAAUAAAUCAGACGCGGUUGUCUUCACUCUUUGAUUUUGGUGUAUCUCGGUGUUGACCGGUGGAAUUCAUCCCCUUCUUCUGCCAAUUGUUGUUUCAGUUUUUAACUGCUAACAAAUUGAGUAGAGGUGAAUUACUUUAAUUUGAAUCUUCAAGUUGCUGUUAAGCACCAUCAUGCAAUUGUAGACCUCUGACAUCAAAUCUGGGUUGUUACUUGUUAGAGGCAGUGCUAUUAUAAUUAGUCAAAAGUAUGGUUUGUUAA